AUGAUUAGAGUUUCCUGCACCCCCCUCCAGUCUGUUGUGCACCCGCUCCUCUCUCUCCUCAUGAAUAUUAGAGAUGAGUGGAGGCAGGGAGGAGGCAGGAGGCAGGGACAAAGGGAGGAUAAAGCAGGAGGGAUGGGGGGAGCUGAUGUCGUCAGACGCCCAGCAGUGCGCAGCCUCUGUUGAAGCUCAGAGAUCUAUUGAUCGGAAAACAACGGGCUGUGGGAGAGGAGUGUCUGUGGACUCACAGAUCCAGAGCAGGACUCUCUCCACGCUGCUGUUUUUAUAUCUGAUUUUUCUCCUUUUCUUUCUGGAAUGACUGUAACUGCUGCUGCUUCUGACCGCUCUGUGCUGCGAGGAGAAACCUAGAUGCUCCCAGACUGAGAAGGAUCUUCCUCAUCGUCCUCAGCUCGUCUACCUGCAGGGUCCAGACUAUCCAGACAAACCUGAAAGGGGACAUCAUGGAAGCCCCUAUUGUGUGCUUGGAUGAGGAGUUUGAAGACCUCCGAUCCUUCCGGUUGGAUGAUCUGGACCUUCCAGCUCUGAGUCUCCCCUCUUAUUCCACCACCACCAACAACUCCACAGUCCCUCUGAGCUCCAUCACUCGAGAAGACUUCUCCGAGUUGGAGAACUUUUCUGAAAUGAUGAGUUUCAAGUCGAUGGAGGACCUGGUCAACGAGUUUGACGAGAAGCUCAACGUCUGCUUCCACAACUACAACACCAAGACUGAAGGCCUGGCACCCAUCCGCAACCAGGUCCAAAACCAGGAAGAUGAGGAGCGGCUGCAAGAUGAAGAUGUGUGGGACGCCCUGACUGACAACUACAAUUCCACGUGGGACGGCCCCAACUCUGAGGGACUCAACGGCAAUCUGUCCGACCAGGAGAUUCAUGAAAAGGAGGAGGAGGAGAUGAACGAGAAGAAUGAGAAUGCCAACAGUCUGAAUGAAGAGCCUCUCAUCACAGCUGAUCAGGUCAUUGAGGAGAUAGUCGAGAUGAUGGAGAAUUCACCAGAUCCUGGUGAAACUGAAGAAGAGGAUGAAGAGGAGAGCAGCCACUGCUCCUCCAGGACCAACCCCUCCCUGCUGGAGGAGAUCAGGCAGUUGUCUCAGGCUUCCAACAACAACUGCACUCAUGAAGGCCUGAGCCUGAUGCCCAGCUCAGGGCUGGUGGAGCUGCUGCACAGGGUGGAGGCCGCCAUCCGUCACUACUCCGAGGAGCUCGUCAACCAGCUGGCCCGGAGAGACGAACUGGAGUUUGAGAAAGAAGUGAAGAACACGUUCAUCACAGCCCUGAUGGAGGUGCAGAACAGGCAGAAGGAGCAACGAGAGAGCAGCAAACGCAGGCGCCGGGACAAAGCCCUGAGCCUGCAGGGGGGCGGGACUGUGUCCACAAACGGAGGGAACGCAACCUCCACUGGGCGCACAGAGAAGACCGGCACCAUGCCAGUCAAGCGUUUCAGCAUGGAGGGCCUGUCCAACAUCCUGCAGACGGGCAUCAGACAAACAUUUGGAAGCUCAGGGACUGAGAAGCAG